ACUUCAGGAAGUGUAGUGGGGGCAUUUAUGCAGAAACCGUCGUCGUUACAGUAAGCGUAAAACCGACCAGCCGGCCGCCGCCGUUCAGUUGUAAGCCCGUGCUUCCUGGCGCCAAACCUUCUUCUUUUAAUUAGAAAGUUACUUUUGUGAAUUAAAAUGUCAAAACAAAGGACAGACAGUGUUGAGUCAAUUUCUUCCAGUUCGGGGCCCGGUGUUAAAAUGAAGAAGGAACUAUCGCUCAUUAACGGGGUCGCAAUUAUCGUCGGUAUUAUAAUCGGAGCGGGAAUAUUUGUCUCGCCAAAGGGAGUACUCAAAUAUUCUGGAUCAGUAGGACAGGCGUUGAUCGUAUGGGUCUUAUCGGGACUGCUAUCAAUGAUUGGCGCUCUUUGCUAUGCUGAAUUAGGAACCAUGAUACCAAAAUCUGGUGGGGACUACGCAUAUAUAAUGGAAGCAUUUGGUCCUCUACCUGCGUUCCUGUAUUUAUGGGUGGCGCUUUUUAUAUUGGUUCCUACAGGAAACGCGAUAACGGCGAUUACAUUCGCACAAUAUAUUCUUCAGCCCAUGUGGCCCACAUGUGACCCACCAUAUGAAGCUGUGAGACUGUUGGCGGCAGUUACGACAUGCCUAUUAACUGUUAUUAAUUGUUACAACGUUAAGUGGGUUACAAGGGUGCAAGACAUUUUUACCGCAACAAAAAUGUUUGCUCUAGGCAUUAUAGUGCUGGCAGGCAUUUGGCAUCUGUGCGCUGGCAACACGAAGCAUUUCGAACAGCCAAUGGCCGACACACAAACUGAGCCAGGUUAUAUUGCAUUAGCAUUUUAUUCUGGACUAUUCUCGUAUUCCGGUUGGAAUUACCUGAACUUCGUUACCGAAGAGCUAAAAGAUCCAUAUAAGAAUCUUCCAAAAGCGAUAUGCAUAUCAAUGCCUUUGGUUACGGCGGUCUAUGUCGUAACAAAUAUUGCCUAUUUUGUUGUACUGGAUCGGGACGAGAUCUUGUCUUCGCACGCGGUGGCUGUGACUUUUGGAACAAAAAUGUUAGGAAUAUUUUCGUAUACUAUGCCAUUUUUUGUGGCUUGUUCCACAUUCGGAUCGCUGAACGGAGCUAUAUUUGCCUCAUCACGUUUAUUUUUUGUGGGGGCUCGCCAAGGACAUUUACCUCGAGCUAUUGCCUUAAUUGACGUUAAGAGGCUUACUCCUGUUCCUUCACUCAUUUUUAUGUGCAUUAUAACAUUAGCUCUUGUUAUAAUAGAAGACGUUUACGUUCUGAUCAACUACGUCUCAUUUGUGGAAGCUCUAUUCACUACAAUAAGUGUGACCGGUCUACUGUGGAUGCGAUAUUCUAAACCACACCUUCUGAGGCCUAUCAAAGUAAACUUAGUACUGCCAAUUUUAUUCUUAUGCAUAUGUGCCUUCCUAGUCACAUUCCCUUGUUAUGUCAGUCCGUGGGAAGUUAGCAUAGGACUAGCGUUCGUCAUAUGCGGCAUACCCGUAUAUUUAGUUACGAUAGCGUGGCGCUCAAAACCGGAAUGGUUAGAUAAAGCAUUUAAUUUGUUCAAUACGUCAUGCGCAAAACUAUUCGUAUGCGUUCCAGAAUACGAAAAGCAUGAGUCUUAGUAAGUGUAGUGGAAUUGAUUUCUACAUUCCGGUAUGUGCACUUAGCUAUUUUAAAAUGUGUGCCUUCAAGCGCAAUUAUUUUAGCUAAUUUUCUACGGUAUCUUAAAUAUUGUAAAUAACACUUUUAAAAAAUCUUUUAUACUCUAUAACUAAACUAAUGCAUGUACUGAUCUACACUGCUCAAACUCAAGAUCUGCAACAAGACAAGGCUACCUAAUUUUUUUUGCUUUGAAUUUGAGAUUUAAAUUUUUUUGUGAUUUUCAAGUGUGUGUAGAAAUCCUAGUGUUAAUUUAAGACAAUAAAAUAUUACUAAAGAAUUUGUAUGCUGAAGGGAACGCACACACUAAAAAUCAAACUUACUUGAUCCAUACGUAGCACGCUAGUAAAAUACAAUGCCAAAUUUUUGUAUGUAUUUAUUAUUUAUUGUAGACAUAUUGUUGUUAGUUGUUUUAUGUAAGUAAGUGGUUGAUUUUAAUUUAUUUUCGUACAUUGCUUAAGCCGUUGUUAUUGGAACUACAUAAAUAAAAUUGAAGCAU